GGGUGAAAUGGCACCCUCAGCGAUUCAGAUAUAAAAAUAAUCCGAAUAAUGUGUAUUAUUAAAUAGCAGUGUUGGUGUAUGUGUGGACCAUGGGUGUGGAUACUGUACCUCCUCAACGACUCCAGAUAGAAGCCGGUGGCGGCGAAGGCCCCGGGCCCCCGGGCAACAACAACACAGACGGCGCAGCCGCCAGCCCGCCCCGGGAUGACAACCACAACGCGCAACUACCAUGCCCCCGGGCUACACCACUUACACCAUCAGAAGCUUUAAAGGCCUUUGGUGAACGAUUGACGGACUGGGAACGGAAUGAAAUAAGGAAAUAUCCAGAGAUAUGGUUCCUUGGGUUAGAAGCGAACAAGAUACAGGCGAGGUCUAACCUGCCAAACAAUUGCGGGUUUGAUGAUGAAAAUGGCAGUUAUAAUAAACAAAUCCACGACCACAUAGCGUACCGUUACGAAAUUCUCGAAGUAAUCGGCAAAGGUUCCUUCGGCCAAGUGAUUAGGGCAUUUGACCACCGCUCCGGUAAUCAAGUAGCCAUCAAGAUCAUCAGGAACAAGAAGCGGUUCCAUCAUCAGGCCCUGGUGGAAGUCAGGGUGUUAGACCACUUGAGACUGAAGGACAAGGAUCAAGCCCAUAAUGUGAUACAUAUGCUCGACUAUUUCUACUUUAGGAACCAUUUGUGCAUCAGUUUUGAGUUGAUGAGUAUAAACCUAUACGAGCUGAUAAAGAAGAACAACUACCAGGGCUUCAGCUUGAGCCUUAUCAGACGGUUCGCGAGCUCGCUGCUCCGCUGUCUCCGGUUGUUAGAGGCUGAGAAUAUCAUACAUUGUGAUUUGAAACCCGAGAACAUACUACUAAAGGCGCGCGGCAGUUCUUCCAUAAAAGUGAUCGACUUUGGGAGCUCGUGCUACGCGCACGCGCGGGUGUAUACUUACAUACAGUCGCGCUUCUAUCGUAGUCCCGAAGUCAUACUGGGACUGCACUAUGGAGCGCCUAUUGAUAUGUGGAGUAUGGGCUGCAUCCUGGCGGAACUGCACACGGGCUACCCGCUGUUCCCGGGCGAGAACGAGGCGGAGCAGCUCGCGUGCAUCAUGGAGCUGCUCGGGCCGCCGCCCCCCGACCUGCUGCUGCACGCUACCAGGAAGCGGCUCUUCUUUGACUCAAAGGGCGCCCCUCGCACAGUAACAAACUCGAAGGGCCGCAAGCGCCGGCCCGGCUCGCGCGCGCUCUCCGCCGCCGUGCGCUGCGACGAUCCCGCCUUCUUGCACCUGCUGCAUAGGUGUCUUGAAUGGGACCCAAAACGUCGCAUAACCCCCACAGAAGCGUCCCGGCACGAGUUCGUGACGGGCUGCCCGCUCGCGUCCCCCCUCGCGCCCGCGUUGCCGCGCCUCCCCCCUCCCCGCACCGCUCGAGCAGCACUGCUGCACUCGCAGUCGGCGGGCGACGUUGCCGCGAUGCUCGGUCGCGCGUGACCGGACCGCGGCGCCUCCACGGGACCGGUGCCAAUCACGCGCAACUAGCCUCUAUUGUAAACUAAUAAGGUCUCUUUUAGAACAGAAGAUAACAGGAUUCUAAUAUUUUUGUGUUUGAACCUUCUUUUAUCAUUAGGCAGGGGAUGUUGGAAAGUAUGGACAGGGCUCCAUGUGGCUGGUGGCGUACACGCGUAACUAGCCUCUAUUUUAAUGACAUAAGGUCUCUUUUAGAGCAUAUGAAAACAAUAUUCUGUCGAAUAUUUUUGUGUUUGAACCUUCUUUUAUCAAUAUGCAGACUGCAGGAGAUGUUGGAAAGUAUGGAUGGAACACCAUGUCACCGGUGACGCAGACGCGCAACUCUCCUCUAUUGUAAUAACAUAAGGUUUCUUUUAAAACAGAUGUAAAAUGUUUUCAGUACAUAUCUGCAGAUUACGUUAAAAGAUAAGUCAGUCGAGUACACAGACUGUGAUGAUUAGAGCAGGAUUCUGUCCAAUAGUUUGACAUUCAAUUCCAAUCAAUCUCCUCUUCAAAGUAGGUACGAAUACAAUUUUUAAGGUAAGAAAUUUGCGCGCGAUAGCUUGCAUGGGUUCAUGGUACUGGAGUUGACGCGCAAUUAUUAGCUUUUAUUUUGCAUAAGAUCUCAAUAGGAACAUCUAUUAUACUAUGAUUUCUGAGUUUAUAGUCGUCAAAAUACUUUAAAAAAAUGACCACAUGAUUCAAAAGUGACAGAGUAUACUAUUAAAACUAAACAUACUAUACUACGUACGAAGAAAACAGAAGAAAGAUCUUUCCAAUUGUUUUGUAUAUUCAGUUCAUUGGUGUAAACCUAUACAACGCCAAACACACUAGCUAUACAUACAUAUUUCAACUAAUGUUGCCACCAUCAGGCAAAGUUAUGCUAUUAAUUU